UGUCCUCAGUCGCAGUUCAGCUCGUGUGGAAGAUGUUGGUUGUUGUGUGUACCAGCCUCCUGCUCUUGCUGGCCGUGUGUAGUGGGGCGCGUUACAGGGCCCCCUCACCGGGGCCGUGGGUGAUCCCGACCGUAGGAGAACCAUGGCCUAAGCCACAACAGCUUGUCAACUACGAGGGCUAUGUUGUGGUCCGACCCACCGUAUUCACCUUCGAGGUAACUCGCGAGGACUGCGAUCUCAUCCAGGAGGCAAUGAAACGUUACUAUCGAGUAGUCCUGCAAACCCUGGACAGAGGAAUACAAAAGCGGACAUCUCGCCGGGCUGCAGACAAGAGAUGGAGGAAGGACUCCAGAUUCAAAGCUUACCUCGAUUCCUUGGAGAUACAGUUAAUGGCUCCCUGUGAGGUACUGCCAUACUUGCAUAUGGACGAACACUACGAACUGAGGAUAAACAGUCCAGACUUGCCCGGAGCAGCUCUGCUGACAAGUCAGUCAGUGUGGGGCAUACUUCGUGGCAUGGAGACCUUCACUCAGCUGCUCUGGCUGGACGAGACGGGGACUGCGCUGAAGGUGAACAGUUCAGCCAUCAUGGAUUUUCCACGUUACCCACAUCGUGGCCUGCUUCUGGACACUUCACGCCACUUCUUUCCAUUGCCUGCCAUAUUGCAAAUGCUCGAUGCCAUGGAAGCAAACAAAAUGAACGUCUUUCACUGGCAUAUUGUUGAUGAUAACAGCUUCCCAUAUGAGAGUGCAGCCUUUCCACAGCUCAGCAAGAAAGGAGCAUACAAUCCUCGCACUCAUGUAUAUACCCGGAUACAGAUUCGCUUGGUGAUUGAGUAUGCUCGCCUCAGAGGUAUCAGAGUCCUUCCUGAAUUUGACAGUCCAGGUCAUACUCAAUCAUGGGGUUUGGGCCUGCCAGGUCUGCUGACACCCUGCUAUUCAGGAUCCAAACCUGAUGGUACAUAUGGACCUGUGGAUCCAAUACAGGAAACUAGUUACAAGUUUCUUCAAAAGUUCCUGGCUGAAGCAGUGGAACUAUUUCCUGAAAAAUACAUACAUUUAGGUGGCGAUGAGGUUGACUUUGAUUGUUGGGCAAGUAAUUCAGAUAUUCUCAGAUUUAUGGAAUCCCAUAACAUAACAGGAGAUUUCAGUAAACUUGAAGAAAUCUACAUUCAACGACUAGUAAAUACUGCCUCAAACUUAAGUGCCAGCUCAUUGGUCUGGCAAGAAGUGUUUGACAAUGGAGUCAUUUUGCCGCAAGACACAGUCGUCCACAUUUGGAAAGGGGACAUGCAGAAAGAACUAGCAAAGGUGACAGCAGAAGGUCAUCCUGCUCUUGUCUCUCAGUGCUGGUACCUUGAUCACCUUGAAAGCGGUGGUGAUUGGCAUAAAUUUUAUAGAUGUGAUCCAGAUAAUUUCAAUGGUACUGAAGCACAGAAGAGACUGGUCAUGGGUGGUGAAGCAUGCAUGUGGAGCGAAUUUGUGGAUGCAUCAAAUUUGUCACCAAGGGUGUGGCCCAGAGCAGCUGCUGCAGCUGAACGUUUGUGGUCUACUGUUGAAGUGGACUUUGAUGAAGUGGACAGACGAAUGGAGGAGCAUGUAUGCCGCCUUAAUAGACGUGGUAUUCGAGCUCAACCAGCCAAUGGGCCUGGAUAUUGUCCUUAUAUUUUCUAUUAGCAUUAAAUUAAAGCUAUUUUCUAAUACAUUUUGCAGUUAAACUAUUCUGUUGUACUAAAUACUAAAGAAGGAUUGUGGCUAUACUGAAGUCAAAAUAAGUGGUCCAGCACCAUAUUAAUAAAGAAAUGUGUACAGUA